UCUUAAUAUUUUUCGACGUGCGACGUGCUCAUUGCUCAAUACCUACAAUUGUUCUACAUUAUUAUAAGACUAUAAUAGUAGUAACUAGUAAGUUGUAACAUUACUGUUGUGUCAUGUCCGGUAAACGAAAGGGCGGAGCUGAAAAAGCCCGUGAAAAGAAAAGAUUGUUGCUUUUGAAUGCGAGCGAUAAAUGUUAUAAGUUAAAGGACAUGUUUUCAAAAAAUUCAAAACUUUCAAAUACGGCAAGUACAUUGAAAUCUGACACCAAUGCUGUUGGGCAAUCACAGAAUCGAUCUUUUGAUACAUCACUGAAAACUAUGUCCAAUGUAACAAAUCUUAUUAUUGCAGAUAAAAUUGAUUCAAGUGUAUCCAAUGAUAGUACUGUACCCGUACAUAAUAAUGAUCCGAUAAACCAACUUCCAGUGAAUCGUCUUGAACUCAGAAAUCGAAUAAGAGCUGGUCCAUACCGCCCAAUCAUGGAAUCUUAUCCAAAAACAAUGCAAGGAGCAUCAGAAAGAUCGUUUCAAAAAUCCUGGUUUGAAAAAUAUGUAUGGUUAGAAUAUAGUCCAUCUAAAGACCUAGCAUUUUGUUUUCCAUGUAGGAUCUUUAAGGGUAAUAAUUUAAACAGCAGUCAAUUAGAUGAUGCAUUUUCUAAAACUGGUUUCUGUAGUUGGUAUAGAGGUAUUAAUCGUUUUAAUAAACAUCAAAUUACUAAAUCCCAUAUUUUUAGUACCCAAGCAAUGGCUGAUUACUUAAAUACUACUUCUAUUGAUCAACAAAUAGAUAUAAGUAGAAAAGAAUAUAUUUCCAAAUGUGAAAGUGAUCGUUUGCACAAUAGAAAAAUUAUGAAGCGUUUGAUAGAUAUAACUUUGUGUCUUGUUAAAGGAGGAAGGCCUUUUAGAGGUCAUGAUGAAGGAGAAAAAAGUAAUCAAAAGGAUUUAUUCAAAGAAAUAGUUAAUACUUUUGCUAAAUAUGAAAUAGUUUUGAAAGAACACUUUGAAAAUGGCCCAAAAAAUGCAAAAUAUACCAGUAAUAGAAUCAAAAACGACCUAAUUAGUUCCAUACAUAAUGUUCUUAUUAAAAAAGUAAAAGCAGAUUUACAAAAUGUAUAUGUUUCAAUCUUAGCCGAUAUGAAACUAGUGAUGUUGGUCAUCAUGAGCAACUUUCAAUCGUUAUACGAUAUUUUGAUGAUCAAAUGA